AUGUUGAACGGGUCCUGGGAUGCGGUCAACAAAUCUGAAGUUCACAAGAUGUCAUCAAACUACCUUCAGUCUGUGGAGGGUCUGGUGAAGAAUAUCAAGAUCAAUAGCAACAGCAGCAACGUCUUCAGUCCAAAUUUACAGUUCAAAUUCUGCUCGAGUAGCAACUGUAAUGUGUCUAUGUUUGGCAUCGGCGUGAAUCUGAACAGGACCACAGGAAUACUCAAAGUUGUUGCCAUCAAAAAUGUAAUGAAGAAAUUAAAAAACAACUUUCUCGAUAUGCUGCCUACCAGCCUAUUAAUAUCAGCCACACUGGAGAACAACAGUGACUCGUUUUUGCAAAUUACGCUGGAGUUCCCCGAGAAAACGCUGAAUAUCAACACUAAACCUCACUGUGUCUUCUGGAACACCAGUGAGAAGGAAUGGUCGGAUGCGGGAUGCGUUAUUAAACCUAGUAAUGGUAACGGCACAGGUCAGGUGGUCUGCGAAUGCAACCACCUGACUUCAUUCUCUGUCCUCAUGGCCAAGGAAGAUAUAUCUACUGAAGUCCUAGAUAUCAUUACCUAUGUGGGCCUGAGUGUGUCCAUCUGCUCCUUGCUGAUCUUCCUCACCAUUGAGGCUCUAGUGUGGUCAGCCGUGGUCAAGUCCAACCUUUCACAUUUCCGUCACACAGCCAUGGUGAACAUUGCCACGUUCCUCCUGCUUGCUGACAUCAGUUUCCUGGCCUCUGAGGGAGACAGUGAAACCUGGUGCCUAGUUUUAACAUUAUGCAAACAUCUGUUUUUCUUGGCCAUGUUCAGCUGGAUGCUGUGCAUGAGUGUCAUGCUCGUCCACCAGCUCAUCUUCGUCUUCAGUCCGCUGAGGAAAAGAGUCUUCAUGUUCCUCGCCAGCAGCGUAGGCUAUGUUUGCCCAGUCUUAAUAGUGGGAUCCAGCUAUAUGUAUUGCAAGUACACCAACAAGCCAUACUAUGAUAAGAAAACAUGCUGGCUGGUUUAUGAAAGACUCUUGGAGGGUUCCAUACAUGCUUUUAUCCUCCCUGUUGGAACCGUGAUUUUGACAAAUCUCUUCUCCAUGGUGGUCGUCAUUGCUACUCUAGUGAAGUCCUCGGUCCCUGAUGCCAGCAAGGUGGAUGACAAGGAGACAGCCAAAAGCAUCAUUAAAGUGGUGGUCUUUCUAACGCCUGUCUUUGGAGUAACAUGGAUCAUUGGCUUCGCUCAGCUUCUAUUGGACAAGGACAAUCCCAUGGUUACUGUUGCCAGCUACAGUUUUACCAUCCUCAAUUCCUUCCAGGGCCUUUUCAUUUUUAUCACAGGGUGUUUGGCAGAGCAGAAGAUCGUGGAGCAGCUCACACGUAUGCAGCUCCACUUGAAGCCCACAACUCCUAGAGUUGACUUUGUGUUGGAUUAA